GGAGAGGGGGGGGCGGGCGCUGGGGGGACGUUUCCAAGCAUGGGAGACAGGCUGCCGGAGCCUCAUGCCAGCUCUUCCCCUGCUGUGGCUGCCAGCGCAGAGGCGGAAGAAAUCGAGGUGCUGGACUCCGAGGAUGUCCUACCUAUGGCCGCAGAGGAUUUUGAUCCUGACAACACCGGCUACAUCAGCACUGAGAAGUUUCGCUCUCUCCUUCAGAGACACGGCUCGGAGCUGGACCCCCACAAGCUGGAGGUCCUCCUGGCCCUGGCAGACAGCAACUCCGAGGGGAGGAUCUGCUACCAGGACUUUGUGAAUCUGAUGAGCAACAAAAGGUCGAAUAGCUUUCGCCAGGCCAUCCUUCAGGGGAACAGGAGGCUGUGCAGCAAGGCUCUGCUGGAGGAAACAGGGCUGAGCCUAUCCCAGAGGCUGAUCCGGCACGUUGCAUAUGAGACCUUGCCACGAGAGAUAGACCGGAAGUGGUACUACGACAGCUAUACCUGCUGUCCUCCACCCUGGUUCAUGAUUACCAUCACUAUCGUAGAGGUUGCCUUUUUUCUUUACAACGGAGUGGCAUUAGACAGAUUUGUGCUGCAAGUCACCCAUCCCUUAUACCUGAAGAACUCAUUAGUUUACCAUCCUCAGCUCCGCGCUCAGGCUUGGAGGUACCUAACCUACAUAUUCAUGCAUGCAGGGAUAGAACACCUUGGACUCAAUGUUGUCCUUCAGCUUUUGGUUGGGGUUCCCCUGGAAAUGGUGCAUGGAGCAGCAAGGAUCAGCUUUGUCUACAUUGCUGGAGUUGUGGCAGGGUCCCUUGCGGUGUCGGUAGCUGAUAUGACUGCACCUGUGGUGGGUUCCUCUGGAGGUGUGUAUGCACUCGUCUCUGCUCACUUGGCCAAUAUAGUCAUGAACUGGUCAGGAAUGAAGUGCCAAUUCAAACUGCUGCGCAUGGCUGUUGCCUUGAUCUGUAUGAGCUUUGAAUUUGGAAGAGCUGUGUGGCUGCGAUUCCACCCCUCUGCCUACCCACCAUGCCCGCACCCCAGCUUCAUGGCUCACCUGGGAGGGGUGGUGGUUGGAAUCACUCUUGGUGUCAUCAUCCUGAGGAACUAUGAGCAGAGACUCCAAGAUCAGUCCUUAUGGUGGAUCUUCCUUUCUAUUUAUCUCAUUUUUGUCUUGUUUGCCAUCUUCUGGAAUAUCUUUGCCUACAGCCUGUUGGAUCUGAAGCUACCUCCCCCUCCCUGAAAGCACAGGACAAAAAACUCUGGAGAGUGGAACUCAUCUGCCAGCUAUGUUAAAUGAAUCAACAUGGAGGAUCUAUUUUUAUAUGAAACUUAGGGGAGGAUGAUUCUUUUGAACACAAGCAUGUGCUGAAGGAGACACUUAAAGGUCUCACAAGCAAAUGGGCUGAUCAGUUUGAGCAUGAAUCUAGCAGGUACUGUAAUACUGGCUGGCUUGGACCCUGCAGUUUUUCUGAUGCGGGGGCUCCUGUGGGACAGCUUGUACCUGGGCAUUUAUUGCUUGGUUUGUUAGCACACAUCCAUGUUUUGUAUGGGCUAUUUGCGUUUUCCAGGUCGGUGCUGUACUUGUGGCCAGUGUUUGAACAAAACUCCUCAAUGUUACUGAACACUAGAAUGGAAAAAGAGCAGACAUUUACUAACUAGAUACUCACGUGAUAUUCACAAGGCAGCUUGGGUUUGGUUUCAACAGAUACAUCUGACUGUUCAGCCAUACCAGUGCCACUGUCUAAUUACUUGAAUGGUUCCUUAAAUACUUUAGCCUAUGGUGAAAACCGUCUUUCAAAGGGAUCAGCAGAACUUGAUCACCCAAAGUGGUGGAGACUGAUCCUCAGCUAUAGAUCAAACAAUAUUGCACUAGAAAUCUUGGGGACUCUUUAGAGUGGUGUGGACACCCAGCCAGAGGUGACUUCUACUCGGCAUGUUUCACUUCAUUUUUCCCAGCCUGCUGUGGGUAGACGGUGUGGCUGGUGUUUCAUUUUUAUGGGAAAAGGGGAGCAAAGGUUUAUUUGUGUUUUUAUCAGUUGACAAUCGGGUGCUGUUUUCUUCUCCCUGUUUGUUUUUGGCCAUGUUGCUCUAAUGUCUGGCCUGUAGUGAGCUCCAAGCAAGGAUCUCAACUCCUCCAGCAGGCUCUUGCUAGAAAAGCGGGACCAGGAUCACCCCCAGCAGUGCAGGGUGUGAGCUAUCUAGACUUUCCAGCCAUCCAGUCCACGCAGGGCCAAAUUUGUCUGCUGAAGUCGGUGGAGUUCAAGCUGGGUGGUAUGUAGCACUGAUUUCCUACCAAAGUGGAAAGGGUGUUACUGUGAUCACUAUGAAACUGAUAAAACUGGUUUUACAGUGACUGCUAAAAUGGCAAAGAGGGUCAGCCUUUCCGAGGCAAUGGAACUUUAGGGGCUCCAAGCAACAGUUGCAACGAUGCCUUUUUGCUUAACAGAGGUUGAGCACAGGAUUUAGGAAUCUCUAAGCGGUCUGUAACAGUCCACACAACAGCGUGCUGCCUGCAUGGACUGGGGGACCAGACUGGAACGCUGGGAGCGGGAGCAGUGCUUUAGGUACAUGUCUCUGUCGGGUGUUUAUGUUGUUUUGCUUCUCACUCUAGAGUUGCCAAAAUAGAGUCCAGGAAUGUGGAUGCCCUGCCUCUUCCCACCCAGUUCAGUGGGCUGGAUAAAGCAGCCAUAGGAGUCUCUCUAGACCAGCUCCUUUUUCCCUUUUCUAUUUGCAUGUCGGUGCCCUUGGCAAUGCAGAGAAAGAUGACAUGUUUCGGUGGGACCCUCCACACAGAGGAACAAGGCCACUCGACACAAGCAGCGCACAAGCCUUGCUCUCUUUCUGUGGAGAGAUGCCUUUUCCCAUCCCAGGGACAGGGGAGGUGGUUGACUCUCAGGUUGCAUCAGACCCUUGACCAGAAAACACUUACUGCUUUUUUGUAUAAAUUUGUUUUUUAAAUUUCCUGCAGUUCUUUUUUUUUUGGUCAAUAAGUAAAGUGAGAAACAAAAAAUUGCGUAAAAGGAAUAUUUGGGAUGGUGGAGAGAAGGCUGCUUUCCAUAAGACCAGAUCCCUUCUAAGGGGGCUGCCCUUUCACCAAAUGAAGGCUGUAGGGUGGGAGUAACACAGGGCAGGUCCUGAGUCUCUGCCAGAGAGACACUGCUCAGGCAACAGACACUACCUUUCCACAGCACAUCUCAUGGGCAGUAGCAGUCAGGUUUGCUCUGCAGCAAAGUGUCUCUGUGUCAUGGGCUUUAUUCUCUCAACUGUGUAAUUGGUGCUGCCAGCUGAUACCACAAACUAGUGGUUGUCUGUCCCUCUAGAGGGGACACUCACUAGUGGUCAUCAGCUGUCCCUUUCUUUCCCUUUUUGGAUAAAGCUCUCUGCUAGGGUGAAGUUCUGGCCCCAUGGGACUUGCUAGUAAAACUCCUGUUGCCUUUGGGAAAGGGGAGGGGGAGAAGGAAAGGGUUUCUACAGUCUGGAAUAAGCCUUACCUGCGAAAAAAACAUUUUUUGCCUUCUUUGAGCACAGGAAUGGGAGCUCUGCGGGUAACUGCACCUUCGAUGUUUCCCCUUGCUGGCAGAUUGUUCGUGGGUCCUUGGAUCAAGGGACAAGAGGAAGGGAUAAGGUUCAGAGUUUUAGUUGUUUUAGAGGAGGGGAAUAAUUCCUUGUGCCAUUUUACCUCUGCAGUUUGGGUCUGGGUUGAAGAAGUCACAAGAGUUUACAUGCAUUUUUUCAGGUCAGGAGCCAGCCAGUGAGUUUCGCAGUGGUGGAGACAACCUCCUUGGGGAGCAACAGGCAAGCAGGAGAGCAGGCAGUCAGGAGAAUACUGACAAAAACAUGGUUCACGCUGAAGGAGGACAUCCCUUUCCUUACCUAUUGCUAAGCCUUUCUGAUUACAGAUGCCUUUAAACUAGAGGUGAGCAGGAAAUUGAGUUUCCAGGAAGUUUUUAGGAAAACAUUGAAAUUUGUGGUAGAAAACGUCAAUCACAACAAAAGCCAGGUUAUUUUGCCUAUAAUUUAUCAAAGUGCAAUAUGUACAGAUUGGCUUUUCUUUUUGGUUUCUCAGCCAAAAGCUAUUUAAUGCCCAUCAGUUUCUCCCCGGGAAAGCUUUCUGUGCCUGCCAGUGAUGUCCUCUGUUGUGAAUCAGUGAGUUAGAGGCUGAAGGGCCACUGUCCCUCUUCAUCAGCCUCUCCCUGACCCUGGCCAGGAUAUCUAUGCCUCUGCUCAGGGGCAGGAGGUAGCUGAACAGAGUAUUUCAGGAGCCCUUCUCUGGUCCUUCACCCAUAGUUGAACAUAGUUCACAUGAACUGAUUCAAAAGAGUUCUCACUUCGAGCUUGACUUGCUCUCCCAAAUUAUUGUUCAUCUUUCUAACCUCCAUUCUGUGGCCCUCUUCCCUGCCUGUGGAGCAAGUCUAUAAGCAACUCUGGGAAUCAGAAAGGCCAGACUUUAGAUCGGUACUAGGUUUAUUGUAUGUGAAGAAAUGAAACCCUGUCACAUUCCUGUUCAUCAGAGCUGAAAACUCACCCCAUACAUAGAGCAGGUCGUACAUUGAGCCUGGUGUCUGCUGAGAACCCAUCAACUCAUGGAGUAAAGAGCAAUGCACAAUGCUUAGGCCUUUGUAAUUAUACUUAAAUCACUGAAAUUAUACUGUGAAAAUCUGUCAUGUUGUUACGGUGUUAUCAGGAAAUCCAGCUACGUUGUUCUCUAAUUCACCCAGCAGUGCCAUAGUGCUGCAGCACCAGAGAGCUGAUAGCAAGCAGGCUUUUCUUUUACCUCCAGAUGUCCUUGAUGCUGCUGGCUUAUUUCACAGCCUUAAUAUUCUCCAUCCUGCUCAUUUGUUGUUGCAGCUUGUCACAAUCAGCAGUGUUUCCCUGAAGGAGUUGUCUACAUGGGGGACUGGUUGUGGUGGUUGUUUUGGUUUUAUUUCAGCUGCUGCCAGGAUUUUACAUCACAAUCUGAUAAAAUGCGAAUCUAUUGAACCUUAUAGAUGUGCAGUGCCAGAACAAAAGGCAGGAACUGUUACCAGUGCACAGAUUUGAGACUAGUACAUGUUUAAGGAACUUAUUUCAUGCUUGUGUCCUUGAGUGAGGACAGUGUCCAGGGGGAUAGAAGCUGCUUCUGUGCUGGACUUCCCAUUUGGUAAGCAUACUGCAGCACCGGUCCAUUGAGGAAACCCGGCACAGAUGUAGGGAGCAAUAACGCGGGCUGGGCGAAUCUGGGUGCUGGUGGUACAGCUCCUUCAGGGACACCUGCCGGCAGCACAGAAACGCCGCAGAUCGGGUCGGACUGGGGAGCUUUUCCUGAUCACUUAUCCCAGACAAGGAGAGAAGUGAGAAGUGCCUCAGACAGCCGGGGGGGAAGAAUAAGGAGAACCAGCUCGAGCAAGGGCUGCAGGACUUGCAAAUUGCACCUUGUAUUCUUAGAUGCUUGGAUACAGGGAGAUAUUAAUUUUGCACACAUCAGUAAUAAUAAAGAAAGGGGGAGGGUUGGAAUGGAGUGAUGGGAGAGGAGGUUACCGGAAACAAUCUCCAAGUAUGUUUUAAAGGUGUAGUAAAAGCGCUGAUGAAUUCACUUUUGCUAAAUCUUUUGCUAAAUGUUUAAGCCAACAUUUUAGGUCAUUUUUCCCUUCAGUCAAUAAUACUUAGCACUUACAUGAUAUAUCACGAAUCUUCACUACUUGCUCCUGUAGGAGUAGGUAAGUUUUUAUAAAUGGAGAAGGGCGAGGCCAGAGAAAUUAUGGCUGUCUGAGGUGACAAAGCCAAUUUUUGCCAGACUGGAAAUAAACCUCAGGGAUUCUGUGUCCCAAGACCUUGCUCCUUCUGAUGGAUUAUGCUGCCUCUGUGCUUUAAAUCAGCUUAGGUAAGUCUCAGUUUGGACAGGUGUGAGAGGUGGAAUCUGACACAGUUAGAGCUGGUACCACACUAAGAGCUAUCUGCUGACCUUACAAGACAGCUGCUGUUUUGUGCCAGUGUUUAGUCUCACAGGAUCGUGGGUAGGAUUUUCACACAUACUUCAGUGAGUCAAGAGCUCGAAGUCUAUUCAUUUACACAGAUUCAAGCUUGGCUCAAUUGCUUUGGAAACCCCAUACACUGACUUUAUCUGAAGUGAAACUGGAAAAUCUGAAUGCAGUUCAGCACCAGUAACCUCUGGAGGCAAACUGGGAUCCAGAGGACAAAGGCCAGCACCUCCGAGGUUUUGCCUCUCUUUGAGUAUCACUGUCAUUUGUCCUUUAUGGUAGUGGCUGCUUUACAGUGCUGUGAUAAGGCUCAGAAAUUGCUCCUGUGGUCACUGAUGCUGAGAGCCGGUUGUAAUGGAAAGCAAUGCAUUUUGCACCUCUAUAAAGAAAGAAGCACACGUAAGACAGAAAUCAAACUGGUUUAAAGGUAAAUGUAUUUUUAAUGUUACCAUUAAUCAUUGGCUUUUAAUUGGGAAGAGCUUUCUAAUGAGGUUUUUCUGAAAUGCCAGAAGUGGUACAGAAAAUUUAUGUUGCAGAGUAGUUUACAACACAGAACAGAACAAAUUCUCGGGGCCUGAUUUAAGUAGCAAAAAUACCUUAAUUUCCAGUGAGCUUAACGGCUAUGUUAGUCAUUGACUGUCUCCGGACUCCCCCACAGUCUAUUAGGUUUGCAAACAAAGCUAGAUUUAUGGAGCUUUUCUUUUGCUUCCACAACUAAAGUUAAAUGCAUCCAAGUGUUAACAAAGCACCGACCAAUGUAAUUUUCUGCCUUAAAAUACUGAACAAAUGAUACUUUCCCGUUAAGGGCUAGUAAAACAAAAUUAUAUUUGCAAGGUAACACGCUAUUGUAUGUUUCCAAAUAUUUUUGUAUCGUGUACAUUCUGUAUAUUUUUGUUGUAACAAUAUUAUUUGAGCGCAGAUUCCAUUAAAAAAUUUUUUUGUUGGUGGGUUUUUUGGUUGUUCUCUGUUUCAUUUUUUUAAUAAAACUGAGCUGUUUUAUGUCACAUGCCAAAAAACAACCAAG